AUGCAAUACGAGGCAAUUAACAGCCCAUGGAAGAAGCCUACAAGGCCCAGCCCCACUCAGCCACGCAUCCGUCCGGCAAUCGGCAAAUUCGACAUCCGCUCCUCCGCCUACACGAGGAGCCGAGGUAGUACGCCGCCCCCCACAAUCGCCUUCGGCGCUCGCGUUUCAUGCCGCCGGCGCUUUCUCCACCCUCCCCAAUCCUGCCCCAGGCCCCAGCGAUCGAGACACCAAUCCCCAGGUGGCCAGGCCCAAGCGCCCGACGGCUGCGGAUCCUCGGCUUUGCAAAGGCGGCUGGGCACCCCCCAGCGACUCAGGGCGGAUCCAAUUACUCCCCAGCCCUGUUCUGGAUUAUUCACUGCUGAUGCCCCAAGUGACGGCCGCCCGUACGCUGGUGAGCUUGCUGCUCCCGGCAGCGCCUGCCAUUUGCCCCGCACUGGUGAAGCUCAGAGCCGGGGGUUCUGCAGUCAUGGCUCUUUCCCCUCGGCGUCUCGGAUUUCUUGCUCAUCAGAGCUAUCUGAUACUGAUAGAGGUCCUGCCAAGGAGAUGGAGGAGUCGGAAUUCAGUGACGAGACAUAUGCCGUGAAUGGUGCUGAAGAGGACGAUGAAACAGAGGAUUUAAUUUGGAGCAAAGAAGAGAUUGAUGCUAUUUCGGCGCUCUUCGACCGGCCGAUGCGCCAGAAGCCCCUGAAGCCGCCAAACCCCGCGAGGCAGAGGGCCCUCCCAUUGCCACUGCCGCACAAGACGAGGCUGCCCGCCGCUCCUGCGCCGAAGCAGAACGUCCGCCUCGCUGCAAGAGCGGGGCUCUCUUCUCGCGCUUCCUUCAGCGACCAGGUGCGCAAGAACCCGGAGUUCCUCAUCGGGAUUGCCCGGGAGAUCGCCGCGCUUCCUCCAGAGCACGACGUCUCCACGGUGCUCGACCGGUGGGCGAGGUUCCUCCGGAAAGGCUCCUUGUCACUUACCAUUCGUGAGCUCGGGCACAUGGGGCUCCCCGAGCGCGCGCUGCAGACAUUGUGCUGGGCUCAGAGGCAGAAAGCUGUGCCGUUGUUCCCUGACGACCGGGUUCUUGCUUCGGCCAUCGAAGUUUUGGCGCGCUUUGACCAGCUCAAAGUGGAGUCUGCGCUGGAGCAAUGUGUGCCCACGGCCAGCCGUGCCGUUCUUGAGGCCAUGGCGAGCGGGUUCAUCAGAGCAGGGAAAGUGGACCGUGUGCGCAGAGUCCUUGAACUUGCAAGGAUCAAUAACAGGACGCUGCACCCCAGCAUCUAUGUGAAGUUGAUGUUGGAAGCCACCCGGACACCUGAAGGCUAUGGGCUUGCAGCAGCAUUGGUCGAUGAGCUCGGUGAGAAGCCGGACUUGGAGCUGCGUCUGCAGGACUGCACGGCUGUCAUGAAGGUCUGCAUAAAGCUCCGACGGUACGCAGCUGUCGAGAGCCUGUUCAGCUGGUUCAGGGAGUCCAGUGGGAGCCCCACAGUGGUGAUGUACACGACGGUGAUCCACAGCCGCUGCCGUGACGGGAGGCAUCGCGAGGCGCUGUCCCUAGUGUGGGAAAUGGAGCAGGCAGGAUGUCUGCUUGAUCUGCCGGCCUACCGAGUUAUUGUGAAGCUGUGCGUGGCAUUGCAGGAUCCAGAGAGGGCUCUCCGCUAUUUGUCCAGGAUGAAGGAGGCUGGGUUUAUUCCAACCAGCGACAUGUACGACAGUCUGAUCGAGGGCUAUUUGGCAGAUGGGAGGCUGGCCAAGUGCCGACAGCUGAUCAGAGAUGCGGAGUCGGCCGGCGUGAAGCUGGACAGGAGGCUGCUUUCGCGGUUGUCUGAAAUCGGAGGCAGACAUCCUUAG